CCCCACAGGCUUGCUGCUUGGUUCCAGUUGGGAGUUCACCUUCCCCUGGGGGAAGCUAAGCAACCAUUCCUGCUGGACUUGUCAGACCUGGGACAAUGCAAGCUGUGGAUCUAUCUCUGUGUAGUAUCCUUUCUGGAGUGUGACCAUCACCAUGGGCCUCUCAUGGGCUCUGCUGCCCUUCCUACUCCUGGCCUUCAGAGCUGGGCUCCUUGCCCUCCAGCCAGCUUCUGGAUCUCAGCGACCCUCUGCUUCCUCCUCACACUCCCUGGGUUCCUCUCAGGGCUUUAUUUCAAGCAUCUCCUCCAGCCAGCCCCCCAGCUGGAACUUUUCAGACCAGCCUCCAAGAUCAGAAGCCUCUGCUGGAAUCCCUGAUUCCAACCCGUUUCCUCAGGGACUGAAUUCAAGCCAUGUGCCUGGAUUAUUCAGGGCCAAUGUCUCUGCUGGGGGACAGUAUCUCAGCCCUGAUGUCACCUCCUCUAAGAUCCCUCCUUCCAGAGUGUCUCUUGAUGGUUUAGAUUCUCAAGAUCCUACCCAAGACUCUGAGCCUUCCUUCUCUGUCAAGACUCCAGCUUCACAUAUAUCAGUUCAAGCUCCAGAUAGCAAAGUUCCUACCAAGGCUUCAGGUUCAAAGCUGUCCCUGGAGCAUCACAAUCUUGAACUGUCUGUCCAGAACCCUGGAUCCAAAAUUUCUUCGGAGAUUCACCAGGCUGCAAGCUUCCCUCAGCAAGUGGGGGGACCCCUGGCUGUGCUAGUGGGAACCACCAUUCGGCUCCCCUUGACUCCAGUCCCCAGCUCCCGUCCUCCUGCUCCUUUGGUGGUCUGGCGCCGAGGUUCCAAGGUAUUGGCUGCUGGGGGUCUGGGGUCACAGGCUCCACUAAUCAGUCUGGAUCCCAUGCAUCAAGCCCGCCUGAGAUUUGACCAGAUUCGAGGGGGUCUGGAACUCACCUCUGCCCGGCUGGAUGAUGCAGGGGUGUACACCGUUGAGGUCAUCAGGGGAGGAGUCUCCCAGCAGAUUCGGGAGUUCGUGGUGGGUGUGUAUGAACCCUUACCCCAGUUGUCAGUACAUCCCAGGGCGCCAGAGACAGAAGAAGGGGCAGCAGAGCUGCGGUUAAGCUGCGUGGGCUGGAACCCAGGCAGUGGGGAGCUGAGCUGGAGUAGAGACGGUCGUGCCCUGGAAACCUCAGACCCUGAAGGUGCAGAGCCACCUCGUAUCCACGCAGAACGGGACCAGCUGCUCAUCUCACGUCCGGUACGCGGAGACCACGCCCGGUACACUUGCCAGGUCCGAAGCCCCUUUGGCCACACCGAAGCUGCAGCUGACGUCAGUGUUUUCUACGGCCCGGAUACUCCUGUCAUUAGGGUCUCCUCGGACCGCGACGCCAGUCCUGCACUCUACGUCACUGCGGGCAGCAAUGUGACCUUGUAUUGCUCGGCCCCCUCGCGACCGCCUGCGGACAUCGCGUGGAGUCUGGCGGACCCCACAGAAGCCGCAGUGCCUGAGGGGCCUCGCCUCCUGCUGCCCACUGUGGGGCCAGGCCAUGCGGGCGCUUACGCCUGCAUCGCUGCGAACUCCCGCACUCGCCGCCGCCAGCGUUCAGUGUUCAACCUCACUGUGGCCGAUCUGCCCCCCGGAGCCCCACAAUGCUCAGUGGAAGGAGGUCCUGUGGACCGCAGCCUCCGCUUUCGCUGCUCCUGGCCUGGCGGGGUCCCUGCCGCCUCCCUGCAGUUCCAGGGACUCCCCGAAGGCAUUCGUGCGGGACCAGUGCCAUCUACGCUCCUGGUGACUGUCCCCGCCCGCCCGGAGCUCAGCGGCGUCGCUGUCACCUGCCUGGCACGCCACCUGGUGGCCACGCGCACCUGCACGAUCAUCCCGGAAGCCCCCCAGGAAGUGCUGCUCCAGCCAAUAGUAGAGGAGACACAGCCAGGGGAUGUGGUGGUGGCACUGGAGGUCACUGGCUGUCCCCCACCUUCAAGAGCAUCCUGGGCCCGGCAAGGACGACCCCUGGCUCCGCGUGGUGGGGGUCGACUACGGCUUAGCCAGGAUGGCCGGAGGCUCCUCAUCAGCAACUUCAGCCUGGAUUGGGACCUGGGGGAUUAUUCUGUGCUGUGCAGCAGUGCACUGGGGACUGGAGGCAACCAGAUCACCCUUAUGGGGCCCUCCAUUUCCUCCUGGAGGCUGCAGAGAGCCCAGGAAGCUGCAGUGCUCACCUGGGAUGUAGAGCGAGGUACCCUCCUCACUGGCUUUCACAUCCAGGCAUGGACAGACAGCUCUGAUGUGGACAGAGUCACCAUGAGUAGGGACUGGGUCUCCCUGCUCAUUCUGGGCCCUCAGGAACGGUCAGCCAUAGUGCCACUCCCUCCUCGGAACCCCGGGACCUGGACUUUUCGCAUCUUGCCCAUCUUGGGGUCUCUGCCAGGGACCCCAUCCCAAAGCCAAGUCUACCAGGCAGGCUCUGCCCUGAGUUCAGGGGCCAUUGCUGGCAUCGUCCUUGGCUCCCUGUUGGGCUUGGCGCUGCUGGCUGGCCUUCUCAUCCUGUGUGUCUGCUGCCUGAGGCGUUUCCCAGGAAGGACUUCUCUGAAAAAGCAGCACUCCCUGGCCUUGGCUCCUGUGCUCUCCCCACCAGCAAAAAAGAUGCAGAGUUUGACUCCAAUGCAAACCCCACGGUCUCUUCCCAUCAAAACCCAGAUGCAGAACCCCCACCCAGCCAAGGCCCAACAAGUCAUCAGCCCCAGUCCAACUCUCAGUCCAGGUGGCAGCCCAUGGACUGUUCGGACAGCCACCCAGGUGUGACAAAAGCCAGUGGCCCACUCUUUAUGAAGUGUUUUGGGGUACAGCAUCCUGCUUUGGCCCAGCAGUAUGGAGCUUCCUGUGCCUGAGGACUAGAUCCUAAGAGUGGGACUUCCUGUUUCCCUCUUGUGUCAGAAGACACAAAUUGUCCUUUUGCAUCUAAGGACACCAAUGUGACUUUGGGACUAAGAGACUCACCUGCAGACAGGUGAAUGUGGUUGGCACAAAUUCAGAAGCCUCAUGUAGGGCUUGCUGUUGAGUUCCAAGCUGGAAGGGGAGCCUGGCCACAGUGUCUGCAAAGGUCUGCUACCUUCUCCUGCCCCCAGGCCACAUCCCCUCAGCCUCCAGAGACUCUCAUCCAUCGUCCAGUACAUCAGAUCUUGCAUGUAUCCCAUAUCCCGCUCCCUCCCCCAUCUCUUGAUUUCCCUUUUGCUGUUUUAUUUGACUCAGAAUCUCUUGUAGCCCAGGCUAGCUUCAGACUCCAUAGAUAGCCCAGACUAGCCCUGAGCUAGUGUCUCUCCUGCCCCAGCCUCCCAAGUGCUGGAAUUCAGGCAAGAGCCACCUGUUUCUUUUUUUCCUCCUGUUUGUUUGUUUGUUUGUUUUGGGGAAAGGAUCCCAAUAACACAGACCUUGCCGACCUCACA